UGACGCCGCCAUGUUGCUCCGCCCUCGGAGCGCACACACACACACACACACACACACACACGCUUUAAAGCGGCGGUCAGACUCGCAGAGAAAAAGCAGCGGCUUCGCAGAAAAACAGAGAAAAGCUUUAAAACCCCGAGAAAAACACCGGAGGAGGUUUUUAACCCCGACAGCGAUGGCAAGGAAAACUCCACUUUCUCCGUCCUACUGCGGUGAACCUCACAAGUUUGAUCCGAUGUUCAGAGGACCUGUGCGCAAAAGGCGCUGUACAGACAUGCUCUGCUGUGUCGUCUUUGUCAUCGUCAUCCUCGGCUACAUUGCUCUGGGAACAGUGGCAUGGAUGCAUGGUGACCCUCGGAAAGUGAUUUACCCCACAGACAGUUACGGCCAGUUCUGUGGCCAACAGGGAACCGCUAAUGAAAAUAAAGCCGUACUGUUUUACUUUAACAUUUUACAAUGUGCCAAUCCAGCUGUGCUCAUCAAUCUGCAGUGUCCUACAACACAGUUGUGUGUAUCAAAGUGUCCGGACAGGUUUAUUACGUAUGUGGAUGUACAGUACAGUUACAGCAGGAACCGGAGUCACUGGGAUUAUUACAGACAGUUCUGCAGACACGGAUUCAACACUCCUACUAAGUCUGUUGUUCAGGUGAUCAGAGAUGAAGAUUGUCCCUCGAUGCUCGUUCCCAGCAGACCCUUCCUGCAGAGGUGUUUCCCUGAUUUCAUCACCAGAAAUGGCACUUUAACGGUCGCCAACAAAACCAUGUUUAAAGAUGGACUGGGAAAAAGCAGGAGUGUGUCUGAGCUGAGAGACGCUGCCAAGCGAGAGCCGUCUGCUUUAUCAGGUGGUGUUUCCAGUCUGCUGGAUGCUAAAGAGAUCGGAGUGAAGAUCUUUGAGGACUUUGCCAGGACCUGGUUCUGGAUUCUAAUAGGUCUGGUUAUUACCAUGGUGAUCAGUCUGCUGUUUAUCCUCCUCCUGAGACUGAUGGCUGGAGUUUUACUGUGGAGCGUGAUAUUUGGUGUAAUCGGCACAGUGGGAUAUGGCAUCUGGCACUGUUACUGGGAGUAUGUGACACUGAAAGGGAAACCUGAUGCUGAUGGGUCCAUCACUGAUCUCGGCUUUCAGACAGACUUCAGGAUUUAUCUGCAGCUGAGCCAGACCUGGCUGAUCUUCAUGAUUGUGCUGGCAGUGAUGGAGGCCGUGAUCAUUUUGGUGUUGAUUUUUUUGAGGAGGAGAGUGUGUGUCGCCAUCGCUCUGCUCAAAGAGGGAAGCAGGGCGAUCAGUUACGUAACGUCGACGUUGUUUUAUCCGAUCAUCACCUUCCUCUUGCUCGCGGUCUGUAUUGCGUACUGGGCGGUGACGGCUGUUUUUCUGGCCUCAUCUGGUGAAGCUGUGUAUAAAGUGAUGUCAACACAACCAGACUGUAAAUACAGCAAUAUGACCUGUGACCCUCAGACGUUCAGUCAGGGGAAUGUGAGCAGUGUGUGUAGAGGUUCUCAGUGUGUGUUUGCGUUUUAUGGAGGUGAGAGUGUGUAUCAUCGCUACAUGGCAGCUCUGCAGCUGUGUAACGUGUUCGUGUUGCUGUGGUUGGUGAACUUCGUCCUGGCGUUGGGGCAGUGCACUCUCUCCGGCGCGUUCGCCUCGUACUACUGGACCCUCAACAAACCUGCUGACAUCCCAGCAUGCCCUGUGUCUGCCUCCUUCAGCCGCACACUCAGGUUCCAUACAGGUUCUCUGGCCUUCGGUGCGUUGAUCCUGUCCACAGUUCAGUUCAUCCGCGUUGUUCUGGAAUACCUGGAUCACAAACUGAAAGGUGUUCAUAACGCUCUGGCACGUUUCCUGCUCUGUUGCCUGAAAUGCUGCUUCUGGUGUCUGGAGCACUUCAUCAGGUUCCUCAACAGAAAUGCCUACAUCAUGAUUGCGAUAUAUGGGAAGAAUUUCUGUGCCUCAGCGAGAGACGCCUUCUUCCUGUUGAUGAGGAAUGUGGUGAGGGUGGCAGUGUUGGAUAAAGUCACUGACUUCCUGCUGUUUCUGGGGAAAAUCCUGAUCUCAGGAAGCAUCGGCAUCCUCGCAUUCUUCUUCUUCACUCGUCAGAUUCCAGUGUUUCAGGACAAAGUACCAUCACUGAACUAUUACUGGGUCCCCCUGUUGACGGUUGUGUUUGGAUCGUAUCUAGUGGCUCACGGCUUCCUUAGCGUCUACGCCAUGUGUGUGGAUACGCUGUUCCUCUGCUUCUUGGUAGAUCUGGAGAAGAACGACGGUUCUGCAGCUCGGCCGUACUACAUGAGCAGCUCACUGAGGUCCAUCCUGAACAAGAAGAACCACAGGAGAAGCGAGGAGAGGAAAAGGGGCGGAGCUCUGAGGAGGAAGUGAAGGAAUACAGAGAGAAAGAAUGAAAAUAAUGAACGACGAGUUUUAAAUCAGUGUGAGAUCAGACCGGGAGCUGAGGGACAGACAGAAGUCCGACGCUCCGUCUGAGAGAAAAGCUUUAAAAGAAUUCCACUGAAACGGAUUUAAUCUUUUUUAUUACGGAUUAAUUUACGAUAUAUCGAGUUUCCACGCUAAUGACAUCAUGUCUCAGUAUAGUGUAGAACUGAUGAUCAGCACGCAUUCACACUCAUUAGACCUGUAAAUAUUCAAAUAAUUAAAGUUCCUUCGAGAAGUGUAUUUUCAUAAUAACACUAAUUUUUAGCAUGAGAACUAACGCUGCUUUCAAAUGGAGCUCGUUAAUUUCUGUGUUUUCGACACAGAAAUGUGAACACAACACUCUGCGAUUUAUCUAGCUAUUGUGUAGCGGUUUUAUAAACACAGUGAGAGUGGAGCUGAGACAGAAGCAUCAGGAACAUCAACAUUUCUACUGUUAAAUUACUAACAAAAACUAAAAUUACACUGUAAUUACACUUACGCUAACACAGCUAACACUGAGAAACAUCAGUGUGUCACUGCUAGUGAGCUUCUGACGUGAUGAAGAUCACAGGAGUGACGUUCACGUGAAAUCUUUAAUCUCAUGAACAGGGUGGAGAUUUAACGCUGCAUUAGCAAUGAAGAACAUGCUCGGAAUUAGGAAGUGUGAAAAAAAAAUUAUAUAUAUAUAUAUAUAUAUAUAUAUAUGAU